AUGAGAGGUUCUCGGUCGGGUCACCUUAGUUGGCACGCUGCCACCAUGUUGGCUACCGACUCGUGGUCUUGGAGUUUGUGGUUGCAAGGUGCCUGGGGGGACAGUACCGCGGAGACCCUCAGACGUCGGCUUGGGGGUGGCGAAGAGCGGGACAUUCUUAACUGGUUUGAAAGAAGUCUUUUCGCGCGAGACCCAUGUGUAUCCGCUGCUCUGACGCACGGCUCAGUGGAGGAAUACGAACAACUUAGUGACCCUCUUUUUUCAGACGUUUUCGAGUGGCUUGCUCAACGGUUCUGGUCCGACGUUGACUCGGGCUCAAAACGGGCGAGUGCAGUAGUCACUCGCUUAAGAGAAGCCUACGAGACGAAUCGGUUGCCUCACCCUUGGUCCGAAUGUCAGCCUCAAUUCUUCCCCCCGUGGCCUCCCAAUGCCGGUGUUCGUUUGUCGUCGGCUGCGACUUUGGCCUAUUGGGCUCAAUACCUCGAUACGAGAGAUGCUAUGUCACCGGAACAAAGAUUGCAACGUCUCUCCGUACUUGCGCGCUGGUCACCAGCACAGGCUUUCGUGCACGUGUUUUCGGACCUGAAGAAACAUUCACCGCUGUUCACAAAGACACAUUACAUUCCGGACUUCUCUGACGAAACACUCGACCGAGCAGCAGCUCAGUGGCUCUGUUAUGGGAGUGCCGGUGAGAGUGCCAUGCGCGAUGACAUCGUUGAGCCUAUGGUUGAAGAAUUGUCGCAGUUCCUGCGACCCUUCAACCGGGCUCGCAAAGCACUUGUUCCGGGCCUCAAUCAAAGCCCGAAAUCUGCAGUGUGCCGCGUCCGCUACAAGACGCGCUGCAGGUUGAACAAGAUAGCAAGGAGGCUCUGCAACCAGACGACUAUGGCGCAGUGGAUCUACACCAUGGCAAUUAAGGAAACGCGUGACCUAUACGCUUAUUAUGUCAGCACCUAUCUCGGGUGCCGACGGCGCAUGAUAGCCUCGUAUUUCUUCACCCGGCGACAGGAACCUUCGGAAUCUUCGGGCAUAGAAUCUUGGGGUCCAAUUCAAUCUAGGGAUCCGGACACCCAUUUUCCAGUGGCAGCGGAUGUGGGCGUGAAGCGCCUGGAGGACUACCAGAUCUAUGUGCUCCGGGAAUUGGCGUGGACGGAGGAACAACUCAUUCAACAUUUUACACACUUGCUUGUCGAGCACCACGCAGCGGAAAGCUGUCAGUCGCCAGACGACGUCCUGCGUUCAACGGAGGAAUCGACGUUCAAGUUCUCGAUCCCAGAAGACGUAUUCCGCCAACUGUACGAAAAGGCGGUGAGGGAAACGGCAGACCGGAUGGCUAGCGAACAGGGUAGCGAUUUCGCUUGGAGGGUUGGUUGUGCCGCAAUUACCACCCUAUGCGGCCUUAGUAAUCCACGCCCCUCCUCGUCUUGA